GCCUUGUUACUGGAUACAAGAUCCCCAUAGCAACCGCCAACAAACCGGAAACAGGGAAGUGAAAUCUCGCGAGACCCUGUUGCUUAGAGACUGUAUUACUGUGUAUCCGAUGGAAAGAAACACCAACCAAAAUGCCACCCAAAAAGAAAGCAUCACCGAAGAAAAAGUCAGCCAAGGGGAAGAAAAGCCCUGGCUUGGUAGAUGGACUGGCCACAGAAGAAAUGAGCAAAGAACAGCUGGAGGAACACAUAGUACGUCUGCGGGAGGAGCUAGACCGAGAACGAGAGGAGAGAAACUACUUCCAGUUGGAACGAGACAAGAUCCACACUUUCUGGGAGAUAACCCGUCGCCAGCUGGAAGAAAAGAAAUCUGAACUCCGUAAUAAGGACCGGGAAAUGGAGGAGGCAGAGGAGAGACAUCAGGUGGAAAUCAAGGUAUACAAGCAAAAAGUAAAACAUCUGCUAUACGAGCACCAGAACAACAUUUCAGAGCUGAAAGCAGAGGGCAGCGUCACUAUGAAGCUGGCUCAAAAGGACCAUCACACACAUGAGAGCCUGUUACGCAAAGAUAUGCGGGGUUUGCGCGUGGAGAUCAAAGAGCAGGAGCUGGCCAAUGAGAUGGUUGUGAAGAACCUCAAGAUGAAACAAGAUGAAGAGAUCACGCGCUUGAGGAGUGAUUUUGAGAGACAAGUAAAAGAAAUUGAAACUAAAUACGAUAGGAAAAUGCAUGUACUGCGAGAUGAGCUAGAGCUCCGUAGAAAGACAGAAAUUCAUGAGGUUGAGGAGCGGAAGAAUGGACAGAUCAAUACUCUGAUGAAGAACCAUGAGAAGGCCUUCAGUGACAUCAAGAACUAUUACAAUGACAUCACUCUCAAUAACUUGGCUCUAAUCAACUCGCUCAAGGAGCAGAUGGAAGAAAUGCGGAAAAAGGAAGACAGGUUAGAGAAAGAGAUGGCAGACCUCCAGCUACAAAACCGUCGUCUCACAGAGCCCCUGCAGAAGGCUCGUGAGGAGGUGGCUGAACUCCAGAGACAACUAGCCAAUUAUGAAAAGGACAAGACGUCUCUGGCAAGUACAAAAUCCCGCCUGAAAUCAACUGAGAAAGAACUAAAUGACCUGCAAUGGGAGCAUGAAGUAUUAGUGCAGAGGUUCCAAAAGAUCCAGAAUGAGCGAGAUGAGCUGUACAAAAAAUUUACAGCAGCAAUUCAGGAAGUUCAGCAGAAGAACGGUUUUAAGAACCUGCUAUUAGAAAGGAAGUUACAAGCGCUUGGAGAAACCCUAGAGAAAAAGGAAGCACAACUCAAUGAGGUUCUGGCAGCAUCAAACCUGGACCCAAUCUCUUUGAGUACUGUUACUCGUAAGCUGGAGGACGUAUUAGACAGCAAGAAUAAUGCCAUUAAGGACUUGCAAUAUGAACUGGCAAGAGUGUGUAAGGCACACAAUGACCUGCUCCGAACAUAUGAAGCCAAGAUGAGGGCAUUUGGAAUCCCUGUGGAAGAGCUAGGAUUUAAACCUCUAGAGAGCCUGGUACCUGGGCAGACAUUUGGGCAAGGGCCAGCGGGCCUGGUAGCAGCCAGCACUUAAAUCUAUAAAGACCUAUUCUUACCAUCAGGAAGAACAACAAAUCAUCUGAUCUGCACUUUCCUUAAUGAUAAACAUUUGCACAUGGAGGUUGCAAAGUUUAUUUCUUUAAACAAAACUUGAACUUUAUAACAUUUUAAAGACUUAAUAUUCUAUAAACUCUAUAUUCUAUAAAAAAAAAAAAAUUAAAAAUAAA